ACUUUAAAAUUGUGCAUUAAUUUUAGAAGAAAAAAAAAAAUCUUAAACCCAAAAUUUAUUACUAAUCAGAAAAAAAAAAAAUUCCAAGCCAUGCUUCGAUCUCUCGUCACCGACCUCCGAUCACGCAUCUCCGGCGAAACCCUAGCCACAAGGCUCUACUCCUCUGCUCGCCGCCCCAAGCGCCGGCAAACCCCUCAUCUCCCUCCUCAAUGCGAGAUCGACCGCGCCGUCGCCGCCCUCCCUCCUCGCUUCACCGCCGACGACCUCACUGCAGCCAUCGCCGCCGAACCCAACCCCCUCGUAUGCCUCCACCUCCUCACCCACCACCAUCCUCACCGCUCCCAUCCUUCCACCUCCUCCUUCCUCAUCACCAUCAAGAAGCUCGGCACCGCCUCUCUCUUCCCGGAGCUUCGCUCCGCCGCCUCCCUUGCCUUCUCCUUCCCUUCCGUUCUCUCCGAGCCCCUCCUCUCCACCCUCAUCUACUUCUACUCCAACGCCCGCAUGCUCUCCUCCGCCAUCCAUGUCUACAACCUCAUGCGAGACCAUCCCGACCCCUCCUGCCACCCCACCACCCAAACCUACAACCUCCUCUUCACCGCCCUUCUUGGCCGUGACAACCGCAACUCCUACAUCAACCACGUCUACAUGGACACUCUCCGCGCGCUCUUCCGUCAGAUGGUGAACUCCGGCGUCGCCCCAGAUGUCUUCAGCCUCAACUCCAUGAUCAAAGGCUACGCCUUGUCCUUGCACCUCAACGACGCGCUCCGAGUUUUCCAUCAGAUGAAGCCGGUGUACAGCUGCGACCCAGACGCCAAUUCCUACAACUAUCUAGUGCACGGGCUGUGUGCGCAGGGGAGGACUGAGAAUGCACGGGAGUUGUUCGAUGAAAUGCGGAGCAGAGGGUUCGUGCCGAGUGCCAAGACAUUUAAUUCGUUGGCGAGCGCGCUGGCGAUGUGCGGUGAGUUGGAGGCGGCGGUGGAGAUAGUUGGGGAGAUGGGGAGGUUGGUGGAUUUGGUGACUUGCCGGACGGUGAUCGGAGAGAUGUGCGGGAGAGGGCGAGUGAGGGAGGGGUUGAGGUUGCUCAGAGAGUGGAAGGAGAGGGCGAUCUUGAACGAGAGAGCGUACGAGGAGCUGCUUUAUGGCAUUGAGGAUAUUCAUGGUGAUGAUGAACUAGUAAACCGUGGCCGUGCACUCUAAGUGUUUGUGGUUUUGCCUCAAUG